AUGGCUCAAGCAAAUCUUAUUGAUACUAUGCCCACAGACCAAACAGAUGGAGAAUCUCAACCAGUGGAGAGUCAACCAUGGCUUAUUCAGGUGAAGAAAAGAUUUGAACGUCAGUAUAAAAUACAAGUACAAUGCUCACAUUCAGUCACCAUUUAUAGGGUGCCUAAAUCCAUAGUGGCUUUGAAGCGUGAAGCCUAUGUUCCUCAGGUUGUGGCAUUUGGCCCUUAUCACAGAAAUAUGAACCCACAACUCUCUGCAAUGGAUGAACAUAAGCUGGAAGCAGUAAGAAGAAUCUUAACAAGGCUAAAUAAUAUCACCAUCAAUACCUUAAUCACUGAAGUUCAGCAAUUAGAGAAGGAAAUUAGAGAUUGCUAUGAAGGCCCGGUUGACUACAGUGGAGAAACUUUUGCCUGGAUGUGCACAAUGGAUGCAUGCUUUAUUCUUGAAUUCUUAAGAACUCCAAAAAGACGAUAUGAUCAGAAGAAUUUCAGCCUUGUUUUUCAAAAUGCCGGUCACAGGAAUGCUAUAUCAUGGGAGAUAAUGAAGGACAUUUUGAAGCUGGAAAACCAAAUUCCACUAUUUCUUUUGAUAAGGAUACUUCAAUUAGAGUUAAGAAGCAGAGAAACAGCAAUGUCAACACUAGCUACAAUACUUAGCCACUUUGAUGAAUUCAGAGGCUUUCCCUUCUCUUUAGAACAGUCUCAGAAAUUGGGAAGGAAAGAACAAAUUAAACUGAGAAUAGAGGCACAUAUCAAAAUGGGUGCAUGCCAUUUAUUGGAUUUGUGCAGAAAGAUAAUUAAAGAUUUCCUGACAUACCCCAUUGUUCCUGUUACUCCUGCUCCUAGUACUUUUGAAUGUAAUGUCAGUAGCAAGUGCCAAACUCUCGGUUGGACAGGCAGUACUAACCAGUGGUUGAGAUCAAACAAUGACCACCAUAGUGAUUGUAUUAAAAUGGGGAAAUGUAUUUCUACUUACUUUACUUCUAAACAAAAGUUCGGCAGAAAUGUGGAUGAUGGUAUGUCAAUAGCUUCAGCUAAGUUGUUAAGAAGUGCAGGAAUCAGAUUUAGACCAGGAAAAAUCUGGUUUGCAAAGAAAAGUUUUAGACGAAGUACACUCUUUCUCCCACAGAUCAAAGUGGAACACAGUACAGAAACACACCUGAGAAACCUAAUGGCUUUUGAAGAGUGUCAAAGCUGUGGAUGGUAUCCAGAAAAGACUGUAAUUUUACGCUUCAUGCUAUUUGUUGAUUACUUAAUUGAUUCUGAGCAAGAUGUGGCUCUUCUUAGGAAGGAGGGAAUCAUUACAACUGCUUUGGGAAGUAAUCAAGAGAUAGCUUGCAUGUUCAAUAAUCUCUGCAAGGGAAUAACUGUGAGAAAAUGUGAUGAGUUUGAGAAAGUUGUGAAAAGAGUAAGAAGACACUGUAGGAGCCGAUGUAGUGUGUGGAUCAGCCAGUUCAGGAGAGAGCACUGUUCCAAGCCAUGGUAUGUUGUUUCCCUUCUUGCUGGUAUGCUCAUUUUGAGUUUGACAGCUGCACAAACUUUCUAUGCAGCUCGAAACUCAUCUAAGUGA